GUGGUGUCGUCGUCAGUUCCCUCCAAUCGUCGGUCCGCAGAGUCGUCCUGCACGGGGUGCUCGCUGCUGCUCCGGCCCUGCGGCGCACGCCGGUCUCGUCUCCACGGCUAUAAUAUUAGUUAUUACGUUUAUCGCUGCCGCACGUUAUUGUAGCGUACGAUAACGUACUAUUAAAUGACCGUCUCUCGGUGUACAAUACCGUCAUCGUCGUAAUGUCUUGCGCAACAUCGUAAUAUUUUCCCGCGGAACGCGGCAAUGACGACGGCCGAGCUGGCGGAUGACAGUGUCGAGAGAUCGCGCAAGCUGGACGUCGAUGAUGGAUCGCACGCCAGUCGCGGUUAAAAUUCACGCAUCGACGAGUAUACGCCGAAAUAGAACGAUAUAUCUCCAUCCGAUACGUUUAGUUCUAUAUUAUUCAUUAUUAUGACGACAAAUGCGGCGAUUGGUUUCUGCACCGUGGUACUGAUCACGUCCCUCACGCUUUGGAGUCUGGGAUUGGCGUCUGCUGGUAGAGAGGGACCGCCACAGAUACAGUCACCGUUUUCGUCUGUGAUGCAGGAUCCCCAGACGUAUCUUGGUGACAAUCCGUCGGAACCGAGUUAUGAUUCCGCGGGUGACGAUGGUGAUGACGACGAUGACGACGAUUUAGCUUAUACUGAAGACAACAGUAAAGAGGAACGCGAAGAUCAGCUGGACCAGGAUGAUCCAGUAAGCACAGUAACAGUGACUGCCGUUCGUGGUUCGAUGGCUUGGCUACCAUGUGACAUAGGUGGUGGUAAUAACGACGGUUUGCCGAAACAACCGAUAAGAGUCACGUCAAACGGUGGUGGAGAGGGAAAGACCAAGGACUUGACCAACCCGAUCGAAGACCGAGCGUACAUGGUGUUGUGGUUCAAACACCAUUCGACAACAAUCCGUCAUCGGAAUAGUAAAUCGAAAAAUAAAAAGAUAUGGUCCGGAGGAAAACCUUUGUACAGUUUCGACGUGCGUGGAAGACCGUUAGCUCACGCGUUGAAAUGGUCUUCGGACGAAGAGAGCGGAGGAUUUGGGCCCAGGGCGUCGUUUGUGGUGUUUGGUGGCAAUAACGGUAUUGGACGGGGAAAGUGGUCGAGACAACAUACUUUACAGUUGGACGAUUACAACAGUGGCCUCUACGACAACAGUAGCAGAGCAGCGCUCAAAGUCAUCAACGUGACUGAACAGGAUGCCGGGGCUUACAGGUGCCGAGUGGAUUUUCGCGAUUCACCUACGCGGAACUAUCGGAUAAUCCUACGAGUUAUAGUGCCACCCGAUAAAAUGACAAUCGCUUAUAACGGAGUAGGAACAGAAAUCGACGAUGGAUUCCAUCAUACAAUCGGCCCAGUACCGGAAGGCAGCCGAUUGGUAUUGGAGUGUCGAGUUCAAGGAGGGAAACCCAAGCCACGAGUGCAGUGGUAUUCAGCGGAUGGAAUAGUCACCUCAUCGCUCGGUACGGGAACAAUAAUGGAUCUGACAGAGGAUGUAUCUUACGGAAACAAAAACGACGACGAAGAAACAACUACCAAAAGUCUCGUAAUUCAUCAAUUGAAUCGAACUCAUGCUAAUAGUACAUACACGUGUCUGGCUGGAAAUGACGACAACACCAUGCAAUCAAAUCUCCGAAUGACAGUGCUGAUAAACAUGUACUUGAAUGUGAAAAGUGUACGUAUUGUCGGCAUACGUCCAAUAGACGAAACAGAGAACAUGGUUAAUUAUAACGAAGACAGUAAUAAUGACGGAGUUAUACAAGCAACAAAUCUUAUAUCCGGUAAGUGGUAUACGGGCGAAUGCUGGGCUGAGGGUGCGAGUCCUAAGGCAACGAUAGAAUGGUCUAUUGACGGAAACGGUACAUUAGCUGACGAAAUACCCUCUUCUCCGACAACGACUCGUAUAACAGUAAUAGAACAAACCGAACAUAGCAGUAGGAUACGAUUGAGGCCUACACCAAGCGACGAUGGUCGAUAUUUACGAUGCCGAGCUUGGAACCCUGAUAUUAAUACCACGAAAGAUAAUAUUAAGAAUAAAGCUUUAUUACUUAAUGUCCAAUAUCCACCUAUAGUUAAAUUAAGUUUGGGCCAUACGUUCGAUCCGAGUAGAAUCAAAACAGGAGACGAUGUAUAUUUUGAAUGCAAGGUGUUGGAUGGCAGCGGGAGCAAAGGAAAACAACGUAAUCGCAUCGAAUGGUAUCACAACGGCCACCCAAUCUUGCAAAAUGGCAGUAGCAACGGAAGCGUCAGCAUCGACUCGGAAAUCAAAGUCGUUCUUUUGAGCGCUGGCACUUUGGUCAUAAGGAACGUGGGACGCCGCCAUUCCGGCCGGUACACGUGUCAAUGUAAUAACGAUUUGGGAAUGGGACGGUCACGACCGGUCACCCUCCGAGUUCAAUACGCUCCCGUUUGCGCGGACGAUGGCGAUCAACUGCAAUUGGUGGGCGUCGAAGCCAACGAAAACAACGUACGUAUCGUGUGCCGGGUAAAAGCCGACCCGGCCGACGACCGUGUACAAUUCGAGUGGCUCGUGUGGCCGGGCGCAGCAGCCGCGGCCACAGGCGAGUUGCACCAGCAACAAUCGCCGAGCGUGGUGGCCACCGGCAGCUAUGUCACCACCGCCUUGCCCAACCAACGGAACGACACGGCUGUCGGCGAGCUUGUACUGCCGGCUAUGACUGUCGGCGUCCCAGACGUGGUCCAGUAUGUGGAUAGAGCGCCGCACUUCAAGAAGCCCAUCGUGCUGGACACGAUCAGCUGUCGGGCCACCAAUGCCGUCGGCCGUCAGCAAAACCCUUGUCUGUAUCACAUAAUACCAGCAUCACCCCCGGGUCCAUUAACUGGCUGCGCAAUACGAUUGCCCAAAGAUCAAGAACGGCACACCGGUGCUGGUAGUAGACAUCACCAUCACCAUCAUCAUCAUCAACGACGCACGUCACCCAUCCAAGACAACGGGGAAGACAAAGACUUGGCAACAAUAAGUUGUACUUUAGACAACGACGGUGGAGUUAGGCCGCUGACUUACUCAUUGGAGAUAUAUGAGAGCAAUGAUUUGACCACGACGUUUUCCAGAUCAUCUUACGCGACGGCAGACGAUAGCAACGACUACGUUCGACGUAACAAGUACCGUCUAAGUGGUGAAUGGCUAGCGGACAACGUGACGGGCACCGCUGCCAGGUCUGCGGUGGGUGGCGGUUCGAUCGAAUACCGCGUAAACCGCAAGAACCUACGACUGAGAAACGGCCCGGAUGAUGAACGAAAACGUUUAACUCUAUCAGCGUACGCAGCCAAUCGCAUGGGCCGAGGCCCGCUCACGAAUUUCGGUAGCGAUAACGUGAUGCUGUUGAGGCACCCGUGGUGGUGGAGCGGCGAGUCAGCAUACGAAAGCAGUACGAGAGCCGACGGUCCGGCCGGCACUUCGUCUACCGAAUGGUGGAUAAUGUUGAGUGGAGGCGGCGACAAUGACGAUCGACGGAGCAACGCGUCAAAUAGCCGUGGGAAAAGCACUACAGCGACGAGCAUGAUAGUGUUCGUUUCAGUAGCGGUGAUGUCGGCGAUAGUCAUCGCGGUGGCGUUCCUGUUGUGGAAACGACGGCAGAGCGACGACAGAUCACCAACGAUCGUAGAAACCGCGACGAUAGCAUCAAACGACCGGACGGCAUGUGGCGACAAGAUGAUCGGCGAAAAAUAUUCGCUGCUCUCCCGGCGACCGCAGCAUCAGCAACAGCAACAGCAGCAACAGCGAAACGUCUACCCAAAUCUGACCGGUUCGCAUUGCGAUCGCAAUCCCGGCGAAUCCGGAGAUCCCUCGCCGGACAUAAUGAUCCAACAAAACUUUGGCAAACAGUUUUUAGUGUCGAUCGUGAACCGCGGCAUUCCCGGCCCCGAGAGUUGUGUGUGAGCAAUAACCUGAUAUUCAUAUCAUAAUAUGAUUACACCAACUACCUUGUUACCUUGUACAGUAAUAAUAUUAUUAUUAUUAUUAUUACCUAUGUUGAGUUUAUGGUAUAAUAUGUGUGUAUACUAUUUAAUAAUAUUAUGUUGUGUGUUUACGCUAAACACAAUUUUUCACCCCGUCCCCAACUCAGAUCCUGACCGAAAAUAGCAAAUCGCAUAUUAUACCAUUUUGUUAUAUCAAGGAUCUGUGUUUUUGUGACGAUGAUCAUUAUAUAAUUAUUAAUAUAAUAAUUGAAUGUUAAAAAAAAAUUACAAUCGUCAAAAAUACCUACUAUAAUACAAGACCGAUGAUUUUACGGCCGUUCGACUCUUCCUUUUUAAAUUCUGUAAUAAUUUUUCGAGUUUAAUAACAAUAAUGUCAAUGUGUUGUUAUUUAAUAAGCAUAAAAUCUAGGAAUUAUAUUCAUUUAGUUUUUAUUGUAGUGGAUAUAUAAAAAAAAUAAUAACCGCAAUUAAAACAAGUUGAAUAUAAUAUUUAUUAUUUUUUUAUUUAUUUAAUUUAAUUUCAUAUACAUAUGAGUACUGGGCCCCACCGAUAUGACUCGUGUACGUGUACCUAUAAUUAAUUUAAUUCAUUUUUAUCAUAUUUAACUAAAUUAAUCAAAUUAACCAUUAACUAAUCAUUAGAACAUUUAACAAUAACAAUAAUUGUUCAACAUUUAAAAUAAGUUAUAUGCUGUCAAAUAUUCCUGAAAUAAAUAUAAUUAGAGUAUUUUCUAUAGUAAUUCUAACUAAUUAACACAUUGAAACUUCAUAUAACUAUGGUAUCUAUGUGCAAUUUAGGAGGAGGGGUGUUGACUACUCACCACACUCGCGCACACACAUACACUACAUUUCAUGUAUGAUAUUCCCACGAAAAUCAAUCAAAACGAAAAACCCGUAGAUUAUAUAAUUUAUUAAACAUAUAAUAUGUUGAAAUAUAAAUUUAUAACAUAGAUUAUCUUUCACCAAUAUUACUAAAAUCCAACUUACUACAACCACUUCUAUCGUAAAUCGAACAUAUUGUGGUUACCUAUAAGUUAUUUGUUUAAUAUAUAUAUUUUUCGUUAAAAAUAGCAUCUGUUGACGGUAUGAUUUUAACUAGUACCCUCAUCGGUACUUGUUAAUUGUUUGAUAUUUUAAUAUAUUAUGUUGUUAAUAUUUGUUUGGAGUGUAUAAUUUGUAUCCAUAUUUUAUACGUACAAAGGCGGGGUAACAACUAAAAAACCCUCACCCAUCAAGGUAGACUCAUGUAAUGAUGGCAAUAUAUCAAUAAAAUGUGAAGAAAAAAAUCUUGUAAGACCUAAACAGUUAUUAAAAGGAAGCUAAAGGGAAGUGUGUAUGAUCUCACCUUGUAUAAAUUUGUUCAACACCUAAUAAGAUUAUUGAAAUCGCAUCUGUAUACCCACUAUACUUUGCGUAUUAAAAUAACAAUUUAUUAUUAUGGUUACCAAUUUUUUCCAUGUUCUUUAAAAAUUAGAAUUUACUCAUAUUGUUAACAUUUUUUACUUUUAAUCGUAUUAAUUAAUAUUAAUAUUAAACGUAUUAUUUGUAAGCGUUAUAGUAAGUACCUAAUUGGUUUUAUUUUAGAUAAAUAUAUACCUAUAUUCAAUAAUAUUAUACAUAAAUACUGUAUGUGUGUGUUAAAAUUGUGAAUGUUAAAUUUGUAAUAUUGAGUGUUUCAUCCGUUAUUUUAUUAAUUUUAUUUAAUUCGUAGGUCUAAUAAAUUAAAAUUCAUUUUUAAUAGAUCAGUUCUGAUACAAUUGUACAUAUUUACAUCAGCUAUUGCUCUUUAUAAUGUAUACCAAUAUAGUAUCUAACAAAAUUUAAGACAAGUAGUUAAUAAAAAUUAGGUAGGUAUAUAACUAAAAAAGGUAAUUGGUCAAUUCUCGUGGAUUUAAAGUUGAUUAUAUAUUUAUAAAAAUAAAAAUAUGUAUCAAACGGAAAUUUUACAUAGUUCAGAAUAUUGUUUCUAGAUACUAAUAAACAUUUUAAAACCAUACUACGUAUAUUAAUGUGUCCCCUAAUUUAUAAUUAUCAAAUCGAUUAUAUUAAGAAUCCAACGUUAAAUACUUUGUUGUUAAAUAAAUAUACCAACUAUAAUAUACAGCAAUUAUAUUAUUACCUAUUACUUUAAUAUACACAAGUAAGGCAUUUAAAAUGUGUAUUGAUUAUAAAAGUCUUCAAUAAAAAAUAGUAAAAUUUAGUUGUGUCAACUUUUUAUACUUUAAUCUAUAGAUAUUAUCAAAAUAUAUUAUUAUUAUGGAACACCACUUACACCGUGUUCCAGAAUAAUAAUAUGUUAUUUUACGUAUACACUUUAUGUAUACGCAGUUAUACCUAUAAGCUAUAAAAUAGGUAUUAUAUGAACAUUUUAUAAUCAUGACUUCUUAAUAUUUGCAAAAGAAUUUUGCGAAAAUCCUAUUUGUACGUAAGUGCUAAAUAUAUUAUGCAUUAUUUCAAUACACAAGUGUGAAGUUGACAUACGAUUGCGUUAAAAAAACAUUGAUACUUUGACAUACCUACAAGUAGGCUACUCGCCUACUAUAAUAUAACGGACAGCGACUCAUAUUGUAAAACAUCACGUUGACUAAUAUUGUAAUUAUUUAGAUAUAGAUUAUAAAUAAUAUUGACGCGUUAAGGUUAUUGUUAUACAAUUAAAUUAUAUAACUAUAGAUAACGAAAUUAUUAUGUAUACCAAACCCGUAGUGUUAUAGUAAAAUUUAAAGCUGAUGUAUUAAAUCAUAAUAAUUAUUAUUUAUUAAAAUAAAAUAAUAAGAAAUUGUGUGUAUUUGUAUUUAUUAAAAUAAUUUUUAAAAAAAAUACAAUUAUAUAGGUAAUAAAAAAUUGAAGUAAUGA